GCAUUUCUUAUAAGACGAACCCAAUGGCAUUCGGACCACGGGUCGCGCAGAAAUUCCCGUUGAAUUAAAUCCCUCCCGGCCCAGAUCUAAAAAUGCUAGACGAGAACCUUCCCACCUUCUAUCUCAAGCACAACAAGCAAUCCAAGCUUUGGAGCAUCUAUCUCUGCCAGCACGGAAACGAUCCGGAACCUGUCUACUCCCUCCGCUACCCGGAUCCUUCCUCCCCCUCCUCACAGAAUCGCUAUGCCUCCGCCCUCUACGACCCCUACGUUUCCGACAUCCUCUUCGGCGAGGUCCUGAUCAUCCCGGAAUGGACUCAACCUAGUCUCUCUGCGGAGGCCAUCCGCCAGAAUGGCGGCGUUCCGCCCCCUCCAGAACCUAUCCUUCCUUCCCGCUUCACCAUCAACCUCUACAACCCCGACCAGCAAGUGACGGUGCAUUUCAAGCCCAAAACCUGGAACAGCCCUGCGACCUGGACCUUCGAGAUGCCUCAACACAGCUUCCGACAGCCCUCCGCAUCUACCCUCGACCGUACCCAUCCCGACCCGGCUUCUGCUGACACCACCCCGAAACUGCGCUUCACCUGGCGCAAGGACAGCAAACUGUCCAAAGACCUGACUUGUCUCCUGUCCGGAAAGACGACCACGAUUCCCGAAUCCAAGACGAAAAGCAAAGAGCCCGAUAUCACCGUAUCCAUCUUCAAGGGGCUCCGCGAACUCACCCUCUACGAACCGAAUCUUUACCGCGUGGAAAUGGAAGACUUCAAAGGCCUCGAAGUUGUUCUCCUCCUUGGCGCUAUUACCAUCCGCGACGUAUACUUUACUUCGAUGAAAGACGCAUUCCACGUCACCAAACCCGCCCACAUGUCGAGUACACCCUCCCCGACCAAGACAAACUCCAAGCCCCUCCCGUCCGUCCCCGCAGCAUCAGGGGCAUUAAAUGCCGUCCAACCAAGGCCCGAGCCCCAACCGCAACCCCAACCACCACAACAGCCGCCCACUAAAUCCAACCGCCAACGCGAAGAAGAAGAACGACGCACCCAGCAACUGCUCGAAGAAGAGGAAAAGGCGCGUCGCAGACGCAAGGCAGAGCGACAAGCCGAAAUCGAUCGGGAAACUCGCCGUCUCCAGAUGCUCUACGGACAGGAAGAAGACCAAGUACGCAGACACAGACAGACGCCAUCGCUGCCUCCUCGUCCACAGCAGCCCGAACAAACCCUCCCCUUACGACCAGCCAACCAGCCCCAUUACUCUUAUCCUUAUCAAGACGGUCGUCAACGGCCACAGGCAGGCCCGUACAUGACUGCCCCAGGCUUGGAUCCGCGGCGCCAAUCAGCCGUGAGAUUUGCCUUGCCAGCGGAGACACCAGGACCGGCGGCAUCGUCACCGGCAUUACAGCCUAAGAAAAGUAGUUUCUUUCGAUUACGACGGUCAUCAGCUGAUGAGGCGAAGCUGAGCAAGAAAAGGAGUUCGAUGUUUUAGUUAAUGGUUCUGUUCCUGUACAUGUUUUUGAUACCCAGCUUGCAUUUCUUCUUGUACAUAGAUUUGUCCUUUUUGUGCUCGGACUUCGCUUCUUUCAAUCAAUAUUCGCUUCGAUAGGUACAGGUGAUGGCAUUUAGUAACAUUGCAUUUCAUUCUCAAAAUG